AUGGGGAGGGGUGGAGGAGGGUGGAGGAGGGUGGUGGUGUUGACGGAUUUGGAGUAUAUCGUCAAGGGGGCUACGGAGUGGUUGCCUAGGCGGUGGAGGAAGUCGAAGGUUGGGCGGUCGGGCAGGAAGUAUGCCAAUCGGGACUUUUGGGAGGAAUUGCAGCAUAGGAUUGAGGAGCUGGGGGGUGAAGGGUGUGAGGUUUCGUUUUGGCUGGUGAGGGAUGGGGAGUUGAUAAGGCAGACGAAGGCGGCGGCGAGGCUGGCGGCGUGGGAGGGGAAGAAGGAGGGGUUGCCGGUGGAGAGGUAUACGAGGUUGUUUGGGAUUAUGAUAUGA